UCUUCAAAACUCGUAGAGUGACCGGGAGCCUUAGCUAAGCAGCCAUAGGGAUGGCACUGGCCUCCUCCCAAGAUGCAACGGAGCCCUGCAGCCCCGCUAGGGACAUUCUGCUCCGGCGCUACUCCCAUCCCAGUGGGGGAGGGCGUCUUUCUCCUAGACAGCUUGGUCAGGUGACAGUGGCGGAGCGAACUUAAGCAGAGACGCGGAAGGACGCGAGCGGGCCGAGGGACGGAGGACGGCGCGGGACAUGCUGCCCCCAGAGCUGCGGGGGGUCCCUCUCCCGCCGCCGUCGCCGCCGCCGCUGCUGCUGCUGCUGCUGCUGUUGCUGCUGCAGCCGCUGCAAUAUUCUGCCCGCGGCGCCAAGCGCUUUGACCCCACCUGGGAGUCCCUGGACGCCAGGCAGCUGCCCGCUUGGUUCGACCAGGCUAAGUUCGGUAUCUUUAUCCACUGGGGCGUGUUCUCCGUGCCCAGUUUCGGGAGCGAAUGGUUCUGGUGGUAUUGGCAAAAGGAAAAGAUACAAAAGUUUGUGAACUUUAUGAAAGAUAAUUACCCUCCUGAUUUCACAUAUGAAGAUUUUGGACCACUAUUUUCAACAAAGUUUUUUAAUGCAAGCCAGUGGGCAGAUAUUUUUCAGGCUUCUGGUGCCAAAUACGUUGUCUUAACUUCCAAACAUCACGAAGGCUUCACCUUGUGGGGUUCCAAGUACUCGUGGAACUGGAAUGCUGUGGAUGAGGGUCCAAAGAGGGAUCUCGUUAAGGAACUUGAGGUAGCUAUUAGGAAGAAGACCUCCCUGCGUUUUGGACUGUACUAUUCGCUUUUCGAGUGGUUUCAUCCGUUCUUCCUCGACGAUGAAUCUAGCUCAUUCCAGAAGCGACAAUUUCCAGUUUUUAAGAUGUUACCUGAGCUCUACGAGUUGGUGAACAAGUACCGGCCCGAGGUCCUGUGGUCAGAUGGCGAUGGAGGGGCGCCAGACUCCUACUGGAACAGCACAGGUUUCUUAGCUUGGCUGUACAAUGAAAGCCCAGUUGGGAACACAGUAGUCACCAAUGACCGAUGGGGAGCUGGUAGCAUCUGUAAACAUGGUGGCUACUAUACCUGCAGUGAUCGUUAUAACCCAGGAUAUCUUUUGCCACAUAAAUGGGAAAACUGCAUGACAAUAGACAAGUUUUCCUGGGGCUAUAGGAGGAAUGCUGGAAUCUCUGACUAUCUUACAAUUGAAGAACUGGUGAAGGAACUAGUACAAACUGUUUCAUGUGGAGGAAAUCUUUUGAUGAAUAUUGGGCCCACACACGAUGGCAUCAUUUCUCCAAUUUUCGAGGAACGAUUAAGGCAAAUGGGGACCUGGCUAAAAGUCAAUGGAGAAGCCAUUUAUGAAACGAACACUUGGAGAUCCCAGAAUGACACCGUCACCCCAGAUGUAUGGUAUACAACCAAACGUAAAGAAAAAUUGGUCUAUGCCAUGUUUCUCAAAUGGCCCAUAUCUGGACAGCUGAUUCUUGGCCAACCCAAAGCUACUCUGGGGUUAACAGAGGUUAAACUACUGGGACAUGGACAGCCACUUAAAUGGAUCUCUUUGAAGCAAAAUGGCAUUAUGGUGAAACUGCCACAUCUAACCUUUCAUCAGAUGCCCUGUAAAUGGGGCUGGGCUCUAGCAUUAACUAAUGUGAUCUAAUGUGCAGGAGAGUGGUUCAUUCUGAAGUUACAUCUAAGACUAGAAAAUAUCAGGUUUCUAUAAUUGUCGCAUAUGGAGAAAGCAAAUGUAAAAUGGGCCAAGAAAAGUCAAGUAAUUAUUUAGGCAAUGCAGCCUCUUUUCUCCUCUUACUCUCCAUUUUUUUUCCACCUAAAUUACCCAUGUAAUUGUUUUAACUCUCCAGUGCAAUCUGUGAAGGGGUUUAGAACAGGCCUCGGCAAGAUGUGCCACUUCAGCAUGUGAAUUAUUUUGAGCAGAAGGCAAUCGAAACUCUGCAAGCUCAUGAGAAAUUUUAUCUCUUUCGUAAAGAAUUUAAAUUUGGGGCCAUAAUAAGACUUAUCACCAGAAGUAACUUUUUAGGACUUAUCUACAGGGCAGGGCAAAGUUCUAAUUACGGAACAUCUGAUUUUCUUAUCCUAUGAAUGAUCUUCCUCCUCUAUGAAGAACCAAGGCACCUUACCUCAACCUUAGCUCAGAAUGCCACGUGUAUCUCAUUUUAACUUUCUGCCUCUGAACCUCUCAUGUAUGUGGGGCAGUUGAACUCACUCAUGUAUGUGGGAUUCCCACAUAUAUGCAUGUAAUUAAAUUUGAUUAUCUUCAAUUGUU